UAAGCCUACUUUAAAGCUAGCGCGCUGGGCCAAACUCCAAUGAAUAUCCCACACAGACCGACCGACUGGACGACUGUUGGAGCGGAGUAAAGUCCAGAACAGACAUUCGUCUGGAUUUCAACCCAAAGAGUGCGAAUAGAAGUGUUGGUGAUUAGUUCGGCUUCACCUCUGGUAGAACCCAGUGAUUGGAGUUGACAAGCCCGCUCCACCACUGUAUCUGUCCUCUAACCCCCCCUCCCCCUCCUCUACCACUCCACCACAACCAGGAAAUCGUCGAGGUGUACUCCUCGACGUUAUUGUUGGCUCUGUGUUUUCGGGUGUAGAUGCGUGUUUUUCGCCGAAAUUUGUCUGUUUUUAUUUCAGUACAUUGACUUUUAAAGUCGGGCUUCAGCUUUGAAGUCAGCUAAACUUGCCAACGAGAAGAGGAUAUCCACUCUGGCGAACAAUGAGCGAGUCAAGUAUUUGCCAGGCUCGUGCAACUGUAAUGAUCUACGAUGAUGGUAAUAAGAAGUGGCUGCCAGCAGGUGCCGGGGCCCAGGCCUUCAGCAGAGUUCAGAUCUACCACAACCCCUCCACCAAUGCCUUUAGGAUAGUGGGACGCAAGAUGCAGACGGACCAGCAGGUGGUCAUUAACUGUCCAAUUGUUAAAGGUCUGAAGUAUAACCAGGCUACACCAAAUUUCCAUCAGUGGAGGGAUGCCAGGCAGGUGUGGGGGCUCAACUUUGGGAGUAAGGAGGAUGCAGCCCUAUUUGCCAAUGGCAUGUCUCAUGCCCUGGAGGUGCUCAAUUCCAUGUCAGAUGCAGGUUAUGCAACACUACCCCGCCAAGUGUCAAAUGGACCUACACCGGAUGAGCUUGAACAGCAGCGGAGGUCGGAGCAGCAGAGGGUGGAACAGCAGGAACGGGAGCGACAGGAGCAGGAGCGUCAGGAAAGAGAAAGACUGGAUAGAGAAAGACAAACUGCUGCAGCCCCUAUUCCCCCAGCUCCACCUUUGGCCCCUGGAGGCCCUGCUCCUCCACCAGCACCUCCUCCACCCCCGGGCCCUCCCCCUGCUGCUGGCAUCCCACCCCCACCAGGACCACCUCCCUCAGGACCUCCCCCAGCCCCACCCCUGCCAACUGCAGGAGGAGGAGGAGGAGGAGGAGGCGGAGGAGGAGGAGGCGGCGGCGGAGGAGGAGGAGGCGGCGGUGGCGGCGGUGGCCUUGGUGGUGCAGGAGGGUUGGCAGCUGCUUUGGCCGGGGCUAAACUACGCAAAGUAUCCAAGCAGGAGGAAGGAGGUCCUGCAGCUGCAACAAACAAAGCUGAUUCCAGUCGCAGCAGCAACUCCUCUGGAGGAGGUGGAGGUGGGCUGAUGGGUGAAAUGAGUGCCAUCUUGGCACGAAGGAGAAAAGCUGCAGACACUGGAGAGAAGCCACCUGCGAAGACACAAGAAAAUGAUGAUGCAGAGCCUCAAGGUCAAAACGACACUCUGAGAAAACCUUGGGAGAAAUCAUCCAUGUCCAGGAAUAACUCAGUCACUAAGAGCAUGGACUUGCCUCCCUCACAGUCCCAAGGUUCCAGGGCAAAGCCUUCAGGAAACACUAAUGAUGUGGGUGGAAGUGAUGACUCAGAUUUAGAGAAAAUGAAACAGGAGAUUCUGGAGGAGGUUCGAAAGGAACUCCAGAAAGUCAAGGAGGAAAUUAUUGGAGUCUUUAUUCAGGAGCUGCAAAAGAGAAACACAUAGUUCUGCUGAGUGUAAGGCAUAUCAGAAGGCUGUGAUGGAUGAAUAUGGUCAAGGCCAGCUGGAAUCUCUCCACCACUGCACCCUCCCAUUUAGCCCAGGGAUUAUUUUUGUCUGCUGCACAUUUAGUCCUUCUCUUUCUCUAUUCAAUGAACACAUGUGAGCUUACUUCCUAAUGUAUACAUCAUGCAUAUUCACUUAAUGUAAAUUGUUACCCAGGGAACCUCCUCAUGUUGCCAUCCAGCGCUUUUGAUGAUUACUUGCUGCUGUGGUUAUCUCACCUAUCCUAUAUCUCCCCUGUUCAUUCCUCCCAUCCCAUUGUGUCCAUUUUGCUGUAUUCAUCUCAACCAAUAUAUAGCACAUAACACAGCCACAGUUGCCCUCCAUUUUGUGACCAUGUACACUUAAAAUAUUUGUUUCUGCAGAAAUCCUGCUACUUGUGGUCUUCUCCCUUCUACUAUUAGAAACACAAUUCUACGCAUUCUACAGUAUUCAGGCACAAUGUAUUAAACAAACUACUACUCAGCAAGAUGCUGGCUUGCUGAGAUUGUUUAUCAGUCAGUCUCAGUCUGCAACCAAUUGUUUAAUCUCAAACACUAAUUUGGGUAGUAAAGAUGAAGUCAUCUACUUGUUGUAAAUUGUCUCUAGUGGAGUAGUGGAUCGAUGUUUGACAACAAAAUGGAGGAUUCAUUGGCGGCCCUGACUCCCUGACUACAGCAAAGUUUCUCCCUCAAAUGGACUUUGAGCUCCAAGCCAUGGCUAAGAACAUUUGAAACACACCUGUCUUCACUGUUUGGAGGAAGUUGGAGGAAGAUAAAGACAGGCAAAGGGAACUAGGUGGACGGUCUGAACCAUGUGAAAGAAGCGUGUUGUAGUUUUAUGAUGUAAGAGGUUAUUUUCUAUGCAUUGCACUUGCUCCAGAGGAAGUGUGCCUGUGUGCCACACUGCCUUGAUAGACUAUUUACUUUCACUCAGAAUGAGAUAAUGAUGUGUGCAAGUGUAGAGACUCUACACUGUGCUUAAUCUAGUUAUAUUCUUCCAUUCUAGCUUAUUUUUUACAUACUUCGAAGCAUGAAAAAUGGCCAUGAUGAGGUCAAUUAAUUUGGCCAUGACCAACUGCCUUGAGUAAACAAAACAAACAAAUAUAUAUACAUAUAUAUAUAUAUAUAUAUAUUUAAAAAUCACUUUUUUUGAGGGAAAUGUUUUCAAAAAAGAAAUGGUGUUCUGUUUUUAAUUGAAAUGACUGGUGAAUGGGGAUUAUUUUUAUUUUCAAUUAUUUUUUUCUAAUGAAAUGUAUUUUUGGGUUUACUGUUUCUAUUUCUAUUACACUAGGCUUUUUACACUGAAAUGUAAAGACAUCUGCUUAUAGACACUGGAUUAGAGAUGCCUUUAUAGCUGAAUUCAGCUGCGUCUUGAAUUGAAUUGCUUUGUCUUGAGUUAUCUAUAUCCAGAUCCGUAUCAAGUGGUGAGUUCCUCAUUUUCAGGCAAAUGAGUGUGGCACAAACUCACGUACACAGAUUUGCAAAUACAUCUGUGUAGAAGAGCGGCUAGAAUAAGGCCUAGCAUUGAUAUGUUGUGAAAAAGAAAAAUUAAUUUGUUUCAUUAAUAAAACACUUCAGAGACCUUUUUAUUUAGAUGGAAAAAUA